AACAGGCAGAGGGAGCAGCUGCAAAAGUCACAACAGCAGCAGCAGCAGCGGAGAAGGAAAUCCAAAGAGCUAACACAGAAGGGGACACCAGAGGGGGGUUCUCUGCAUUCCCCUGACAGCCUACUUCACACUACGCCAUACGGCAAUUACUUUCCAACUUCAACUACAGUGAUAGUUAAGUUUGGAAAGAAGGAAAAGGAAAAUUCAAUUUAUUUAUUUUUUUAAUAUUUUUUUUACUUUCUCUCUAAAUCAUUCUAUUUCUACUUCUGAUCUGAAAUCACCCUGGGAACAAAUUACAUAUCUAUGCAAUAAGGAAACAUAUCUGUACAUUAGAAAUUAUGUCAAAAGCAAUGGAUCAAAAAGAUACAGGAUGUUGUGUGUCCUGUGUCAGCUAUUUUACGUCGGCAAAGUUCCUCAUGUACCUCGGCCACUCUCUCUCCACCUGGGGCGACCGCAUGUGGCAUUUCGCAGUCUCUCUGUUCCUGAUAGAACUCUAUGGAAACAGCUUACUGCUGACGGCGGUCUAUGGCCUGGUGGUGGCUGGCUCGGUGCUUUUACUUGGAGCCCUGAUUGGAGACUGGGUAGAUAAGAACCCAAGGCUGAGAGUGGCCCAGACGUCGCUGAUUGUACAGAAUGUCUCGGUUAUUAUCUGCGGCAUUAUCCUGAUGGUGGUCUUCUUGUACAAGGAGGAACUUCUGUCAAUGUACCAAGGAUGGCUCCUGACAAUAUGCUACAUACUGGUCAUCACAAUAGCGAACAUCGCCAAUCUGGCCAGCACCGCCAUGGCCAUCACCAUUCAGAGGGACUGGAUCGUUGUUGUGGCGGGAAGCGACAGAAGCAAUCUUGCAGACAUGAAUGCAACAGUGAGACGAAUUGACCAACUGACAAACAUAUUGGCUCCAAUGGCUGUUGGACAGAUCAUGACCUUUGGCUCUGCUGUUAUUGGCUGUGGAUUCAUUGCUGGCUGGAACCUUGUGUCGAUGUUUGUAGAAUACCUGCUGCUUUGGAAGGUCUACCAGAAGACACCAGCCCUGGCCAUGAAACUGGGGGAAAAAGAAGAUAAUCAAGAACUGAAGAAUUUGAACAUUAAAGUAAUAGAUGCUGAAAAACCCACGGAAGACCUACAUCUCAUGGGGGAGAACGCUGUAGGAACAGUGGAACUUCCUAAAGACCCCAGCUGCAGUGAAAAGAUAGCUGAGCCCUUCCGCACCUUCCGAGAUGGGUGGGUUGCAUACUACAACCAGUCAGUGUUUUGGGCUGGCAUGGGUCUGGCAUUCCUCUACAUGACUGUCCUUGGCUUUGACUGCAUUACCACUGGCUAUGCCUACGCACAAGGUUUGAGUGGCUCUGUCCUCAGCAUCCUCAUGGGUGCAUCUGCUAUAUCCGGAAUCAUGGGAACAGUGGCCUUCACCUGGCUAAGACGAAGAUGUGGUUUAAUUCGUACUGGAUUUAUCUCUGGACUAGCUCAGCUCAUCAGUCUUGUCCUUUGUGUGGUCUCAGUCUUUAUGCCUGGAAGUCCGCUGGAUCUUACAGUUUCUCCAUUUCAAGAUAUUGGUACUCACUUAAUUCAAGGGGAUACCCCACCCACAAUUUCUCCAGUUGGUGGUCUUCAGGAGUUCUUCACAACCAACGCACAGAACCUAUUGAGUAACUCCAGCUCAAUAAUCAAUGAUCAUGAUGUCUCACCACCCUUGAUCUCCAUCAGUUUACUGUUUGCUGGAGUCAUUGCAGCCAGAGUUGGCCUCUGGUCCUUCGAUCUGACCGUCACACAACUUAUUCAAGAAAAUGUUAUUGAAUCAGAAAGAGGAAUUAUUAAUGGUGUCCAGAAUUCUAUGAAUUAUCUGCUUGACCUCCUGCAUUUCAUUAUGGUGAUAUUGGGUCCAAACCCGGAGGCCUUUGGUUUGCUUGUUCUCCUUUCAGUGUCCUUUGUUGCGAUGGGUCACAUGAUGUAUUUCCGAUACGCCUACCAGAACCUACAAAAGCAACUUUUCUCUUGCUCUUCCUCUGACCAGAAAGCAGAGGGGAGUGAUCAGCAACAAGGAGUUACCUCUGUCAUCUAAAUGGGAAUAAAAAGCUUUAUACUUUGGGUUGUGUCAUCAUACAACAAGUAUUCUCUAGAGUUGUGUCAGUGUAACGCAGACAAGAGAUGCAGCCUGAAAUGGUCACUGUUGUAGAGAAUGUAGUGGACAUAUAUAAUAAUUAGAUACACAAACGGCCCCUUUCCAUUGAAGUUUUUGCUGUGUGCUGUCUUUGUUUUUGGUUUCUUGGGGGUAAAUGUAAUAAAAUAAGAUUUUUUUUGUGGA